UCGAGACUCGGCACUUCGUCUGCCCCUUGUCGGGCCUCAUUGACAAAUGUAAACAAUAAACAAACCGGGCUAAAGUAUGAAUCAUUUUCCCAGUUUGUCUGGUUUGAAAUAAAAGCUCCAUCGACUCCAGGAACCGGCAGAUCUUAAAAUGGCUGGGACAGUUCUGGAAAAUCUCAGUGGAAAAAAACUCGCCGUUUUGGUUUCAUGUUUUCUCGUGUGCCAAGUGAUUUGCUUCCUCACAGGCGGACUUAUCGCUCCAAAGCCAUCGUUCACUGAUUCAAUUCUAGCAAGCAAAUGCAUUGACUUCAAAAAUAAUUCUGAUGAAUGGUUUUACAUCAGGGGAAAAGAACCGUGCAGAACUGACGAUCUAGAUGUUUUCUCAAUGUAUGAACCUAUUGAGCUUGCUAACAGAAUAGUGUUUGUGUUUCAGAUCCCUUCACCGAGAGAAAGGGUUUUAUUGGACUAUUCAAGAUGGCAACAAAAUUUGAUUGGAAUUCUACAUUUUGAUAUAUUGUUUCACCCAAGAAAUGAAAUGCCAUCAAGAACAGUGUUAACAAUAGAUGCAAAACUUGCCUAUAGAAACAAACACGACGUGGAAUGGAAAUAUUACGCUUCUUCUGUUGAAAAAAGAAACCUAGAUUGUGUCAUAGAUGAAAAAAAAGAGGGCUAUCCUUACAAUUGCUCGAUUGUUCCACUGUUCGAACUCGGUUCACUGCAUCAUGAUUUUUACCUUCUUAACAUCCGGCUGCCGGUUGAUCAUCAAAAAUACAUGAAUGUAGAAUUAGGCCACUUGACAGACAUUUGGCUUUUUGCUAUCAAUCAGACUGGGGGAUUCACAAAGGUUUGGGUCACAAUGAAAUGUAUAUUUUUCCCAUCGAUUAUUGCCAUUCUCAUUUGGUUUUGGAAAAGAGUUACCAUUUUGGACAGAAAGCCGUUGUUACUUGAAUACAUGCUGGUAUUUGUAGCAUGUGCACUCACAUUCCUUAACAUGCCUAUUGAAUUGCUUACUCUAUACUAUGAAUUACCAUUUAUGCUAUUAUUGGGAGAUAUAAGGCAAGGUAUUUUUUAUGCUGCGCUUUUAUCGUUUUGGCUUAUUUUCGCUGCUGAACAUUUGAUGAUUCAAGAGAGUAAGAAAAAUCACCUUAUUUCGUAUUGGCCACAGCUUAGUUGUGUUGUCACCGGCUGUAUAGCUAUGUUUGUAUUUGACCUGUGUGAAAGAGGAGUUCAAUUAAAGAACCCCUUUUACUCUAUUUGGGUUACAGAUGUUGGAUCAAAAAUUGCUUUGGCUUUGCUUUUUGUCGGUGGAAUCUGUGGAACUAUAUAUUUUCUGGUAUUGACAUAUCUGAUAUGGAAUGUGUUCCGUAACAUUGGAUCUAAAAAAGCGAGCUUGCCAUCAAUGUCGCAAGCUAGGAGACUGCACUACAGCGGAAUAAUAUACCGAUUCAAUUUCCUUAUGCUGACCACGAUUAUUUGUGCUGCAUUGACAGUUGUAACAUUUUGCCUUGGACAGAUUUCAGAAGGCCAAUUGAAAUGGGAUGAGAACCCUGGUCUAGAAUAUAGCUCGGCUUUCUUCACAGGAGUUUAUGGCAUGUGGAAUAUUUAUAUUUUUGCUCUCCUCGCACUCUACGCUCCAUCACAUAAACAGUGGCCAUCAAAUAAUGAACCAACUGUUUCUACCAAUGACAUUGAAUUUUCAUGUCUAGAACCUGAGCCGAGUGAAAUUUCUUCUUUAACAACAUUCUCCAAGAAAACUGCACUAGAUUAAAGAAAUAAAUCAAAUAACGUCUUGCCCAAUUAGUUUGUAGCUUUAUGUCCCAAUUCCUCCAAAUGAGAAAAAGGGUAUUUUUUCAAAGUAUUAUUCUCUAUGUGAUGAAAAAUUUUGUAAUCUUUCGAUAAUUUUUACUGAUUAUUAAUUGUCUAAACCAAGUGUUCAAGUGUAGCGGUUGUGGUUACUUUAUGUUUGUCUUUCAUACCAUAUAAGUAGACAUAAGUUUCUAAAUCCUAAACGUUAUUAAAUCAUACGCUUAAAUGUUUUAUAUUUUUAAAAAUUUACACAUUUAAACGAUAAAAUAAAAACAUACACAAAUGUAUUGCAUUU